GUUAGAAUUCUGCUAGCACCGCAUAAACUUGGCCUUUCGCACCAACUGCUUACAGCGGAUACGAUAUGCGAAAGUACAUUUCUUAACUACUUCCGUUCUUUUUUUCAUCUACUUUUCCGGACAUUCCCCUCCUCCCUUCCCACUCCGCAAAAACAUUCACAAACGGACGCCAUGCUAUCAUUAUGAUUCUUCAAUGCAUCUUCCUGGCAAUCUUCAGCCGAACGUUUGCAACCGAUUCAUCAAUAGAAAAAGGCUUGUUUUGUCAAGCAGAAAAACUAAAAAUAGGCUGCCCAAAAGGAACAGUUAUCAUCGUCGAAAGAGCAAGAUAUGGAAGAUUUCCGCAAUACCAUGAGAAUGAAAAAUGCAUAGGGAAAACUAAUGUUCCAUGUACCUCUGAUGAACGUUAUCGUGUUGAUAUUCUUAAAAAGAUAACAGUGACUUGUACGGGUAAUCGAACAUGUGAAAACUUUGUUUCCUACUUUACUGAAGAUGUUAAAGGUGGAGGACCUUGUGGAGUAGGCUAUUCCCAUGUUCUCUAUGUAUGGUGGAGGUGCGUUCCGGAGAGGAAUGAAAGAUGCGGUGCGGAGAAGGUUGGACAUUUGGAAGUACCCGGUUAUUUAGUAUUUGGAAAGUCAAGACAUCAACGUGACGCGUGUAAGAAAUGGAUAAUUGAAGCACCAAGCAAGAAGAUUAAUUUUACUUUAUAUACUGGAUUUGAACCUAAAUUCGACCGUGAUUCCUGUAUUAACUUUAUGAAAUUCUCUGAAGCCCAUAGUAAAUCUGUUAUUAGUAGGAAAGAGGCUGAGCAGGUUCGCCUCUGCCAAAACGACGUCGAAAAGCCAGAUAGAUACCCCAUCUGGUCUAAUAUUUAUAAAUCCGAUUCAAAUAGGGUCGAAGUGGAAUUAGAAAGAGACAGCAAGUUUAUACUACGCUUUACUAGCUAUGGCUGUGGUAAAUUGAAAGCACCAGAUGGCGUUUGGGUUCAAUACGGAGUUGGUGGAGAUGACGAUUCAGCGCAAGCGGGAUGUGACCGUGAGCAAAAAAGUCCCAGAUGGUUUCUCAUGUGUUCGAAGGACGGUGAAUGGUCAGGUGCAAUUGGUAAGUGUGUCGAUACGCCAGACACAUUGGAAAGUAAACUUCAUGAUAUAUUCGAUUCGCUGCCGGACGGCAUUUGGAUAUCGAUUAUCCUUGGAGCAGCUAUAGUUAUAUCGGCUAUUAUACUUACGAUCGGCUUAGUUUGCCUUAAGAGGCAAAAACUCCAAAUGCCAAAUGGAGUGUACGCCGAUGGUCAAGUUUAUUAUGAAGCUGCUCCAAAAGCUGGAGGACAAAAUGCUGAGCAGUACAAUAGAAGCCAAGGUUCAGGGUCUGUAGAAAAUGAAUACAGCUGCGUCCACGAUGCCAUUCCCCCUGGCUCUACUUACUGCACUCCUCGCGAUAGCAUAGCACCAAAACAAGGCUACUAUGCAAUGCAACAUAGACCCUAUUACGGACCACCUCGUAGGGUUUCCACUCAUUUCCAACCUGAUUAUGAUUCAACAGCUCCGCAAUACUUUGAACUCGACCCGAAUCUUGUGCAAUCGGGAACUACGAGUAGAUCUACUUGUCCAGCCUGCCAAACAGGCACUCUUCCAACAAGACCGCGUACGAAACACAGGAGAAAUUCUACCGGUCGAAAAUCUGCAAGACCAGCUAGUCCAAUACCACCAGAAGCUGUUGGAGACGGAACUGGAGCAGAUUUAAAUCAAUCAUCAUCGGCUUGACUUUCGUUAAGAGAUAAUUUCUAUUUUUUAUAUGCAUUAAAAAAAUUCAACAAAAAUAAGAAAUUCAAACAUUUAGAUUUCAAUGAAAACAGAAAACUUUCUUUCAUAUAAAAUGAUUUUUAUUCAAGACGGAACAAGCAAAAAGAUUAAUAUAUAUAUAUAUAACAUUGCUGUUUCUUUUUUUUAUUAAAAAAAAACAAAAUCUUUUGUACUGAAAAAAAAAUAAAACAAAUAAAUUAAUUUUAAAUAGACGUAUAUAGAAGGAAGCUAGGAAGAGAGAGAGAGAGAGAGAAAGAGAGAGAAAGAGAGAAAAAAAGAAAGAAAGAAAGAAUGGGAAUAAGAGUGGGAGAGACAGAGACAGAGAGAAAGAAAUAUGAGAGAGGAGUAAAAAAAAUGCAAAUUGAGGAAAAAGUCGUACUAAGGAAAUCAAUUAAUUAAAGAUAAACAUGUUUUUUAAAGUUAAUAUUUUGAAAAAUGAAAGAAAAAAAAAGGAUUCCUAAAGAACUAAUUAUCCUGGAAAAUUAAGAGAUAAAAUUUAUCUUUUCUAUUAAAGUAUGAUAAAAUACGGGUUUAAGAGAAGCUUAACUCUAAAUUCAAAAAGAUUGAUUAAUUAGGAUAAAAUGCUAUAGACAUACGUCUGAAAGAAUGUAAACACUACAAGUUUCUGUAGUCAGGAAUAUAUAUAUAUAUAUAUAUAUACUUUGUUUCUGAUAUUUUUCAUGUCAAACUCUUGCAAAUGGUGCGUAUAGAAUUGUUUACAGCUGUUACGUAUUUAAACUAAAAAAGAAACUGAUCAUAUACAAAUAUAAAUUAUAGUAUACUUUCUUUUAUUUAUAUAGAUAUGGAUACGCAAAA